GGAGAGCUGAGGUGUCCAGAACGCACGCAGGAUGAACAGAUGACUUGCUGCACACUGUGAAAAAAACUAUAUAUUUCUUAAUUGUAGAGUAUUUGUUAUUACAGGUAGAUUGCCUUAUAAUUGUCCUGGAAGCCUUACCAGUAUCACAUUUUACCCUGCUAAUCAGUCAUAUUUGAUUGUGUUGGGAAGCAUUAGUCGUUGAAGCCUAAGUGCCAUGCCUGUAUGCGUCCUGGACUUUUUAUUUAGUUUAUCUGGCAAAAAGUGUCUCGACAGUAGACAGCGCGAUGAACUUUAGUUGCAACUCUAGUGACGACCGGUGGAUUCCAUGGAACGGAACGGACUACGACGAUGCCACCAACAAACUACUUGGGAUCGGCACAGAUAACUUCAUCACACUCCUAGUGUUCGGACUUAUCUUUACUCUGGGUGUGCUGGGAAACUCUAUGGUGAUCACGGUGCUGGCCCGGAGCAAGCCUGGUAAACCGCGGAGCACCACAAACAUUUUCAUCCUCAAUCUCAGCAUCGCUGACUUGUCCUACCUGCUUUUCUGUAUCCCUUUCCAGUCAACCAUUUAUAUGAUGCCAACUUGGGUGCUGGGCGCGUUCAUUUGCAAGUUCAUCCAUUAUUUCUUUACCGUGUCUAUGUUAGUGAGUAUUUUUACUCUUUCCGCGAUGUCUGUGGACCGUUACAUUGCCAUUGUCCACUCGAGAAAGUCGUCGUCGAUCCGAGUAGCAAAGCACGCUUUUAUCGGAGUGGUGAUCAUCUGGAUAUUUUCCCUGGCAAUGGCUGCGCCAGUCAUGUACUAUCAGAACAUAUUUAAAAGAGGCGAGAAUCACACAUAUUGUUGGGAAGUGUGGCCGGAUCAAAUUCAGAAAAAAGUCUAUGUUGUUUGCACAUUUGUUUUUGGCUAUGUAUUACCCCUUCUACUCAUUUCGUUCUGUUACGCAAAGGUUUUAAAUCACUUGCACAAAAAACUUAGAAACAUGUCAAAAAAAUCUGAAGCAUCAAAGAAGAAGACAGCUCAGACGGUGCUGGUGGUGGUGGUGGUGUUCUGUCUCUCCUGGCUCCCCCACCAUGUGGUGCAUCUCUGGGUCGAGUUUGGCUCCUUCCCCCUGAACCAGGCCUCCUUCGUCCUGCGAGUGGCGGCCCACUGCCUGGCCUACAGCAACUCCUCCGUCAACCCCGUCAUCUACGCUUUCCUGUCCGAGAAUUUCCGAAAGGCCUACAAGCAGGUGUUCCGCUGUCAGAUCACUGGAGAUUCUCCACUUGACAAUAUCAAGGAGGCCCGCAGCAAGGCGGACACACCGCCCUCCACUAACUGCACCAAUGUCUGAUGUGAACGCCGGCUCUGGUUGUUCCAGAAGGACCAAUUGGUCCUAAACUGCAUUCUAACACCGUGGAAUUUUUUCAUGCCUCUUCUACCAUACACAAGGAGCAGUGUGAGGGUGGGUGUGUACUGUCAUUUACACAGAAAGCUGUUUAGAGUCAGGUGGCUGAGCGGUUAGGGUAUCGGGCUAGUAAUCUGAUGGUUGCCAGGUCAAUUUCAGUUCGAUCUAUUUUGACAAUGUGUCCUUGGGCAAGGCACUUCACCCUACUUGCCUCAUGGAGAAUGUCCCUGUACUUACUGUAAGUCGCUCUGGAUAAGGGUAUCUGCUUGUGAGAGGAGUAGAGAUGGGUGCAGUGUUCAGAUGUGUAAAGCACUGGACAAACACAGUUGUGUUUGAUUGGAGUAGUUAUUGACACAUAUUUGCUAUUAGGAUCUAAUGAGCAUGAACAUAUGGUUUAUGUUGGAGUGUGUUGUGUUAAUGUGUUGAGGUGGAUGUGUUGAGGUUGGAUGUGUUGGGGUAGAUGUGUUGAGGUUGGAUGUGUUGGGGUGGAUGUGUUGAGGUUGGAUGUGUUAAGUUGGAUGUGUUGGGGUUGAUGUGUUUAGGUUGGAUGCACUGGAGUGGAUGUGUUGAGGCUGGUUGUGUUUGCAUGAAUGUGUUUGGGUGGAUGUGUUGAAGUUGGAUGUGUUAGGGUGGACGUGUUGAGGUUGGAUGCGUUGGGGUGGAUUUGUUGAGGUUGGAUGCGUUGGGAUGGAUGUGUUGAGGUUGGAUGCAUUGGGGUGGGUAGCUACAUUCAUACCAGAAAUUACAUGACCCCAGCCUCAACACACUGGACAGUGUAACAUGAAAACCACACAUGUAUCUGUCUACUUCUCUAUUACAGUGUCAGUUCAUUAUAAAUUCUUCGGAACUCACCUCAUGUUUCUCGUAUUGUACUAUUGUAUGGAAAUGACAAGUUAACUAAAAAAAUUAUUCUACUUACAGUAUAGGAAUUAAAUGUAAGCAUAAAUGUUAGAUCAGUGACAUUUGAUGUGUUUUGUGUUUAGCUUUUUUUUAUUUGCUGGUUAUGACAAAGAAAUCAAAUGAAAAUCAUAUGCUAGAUAUUGAGAAAUUCAUAGGCUUGAGUUUCUGAAAAUCCGCAUGAUUUAAUAUUCCCUUGGAAAUGCAAUCUGUAUAAAAAAAUACAAACAUUUUUGUUGUUAUUGAAAGUGUUUUUCUCUCCACAGGUGACUGUCAAAGAAGCU